CUUUGAGAUCUUUGAUGCUUUGAUCUUCUCGUUCCUAUAUAAGUUAUUUUUUCGUUAUGAAUUUUUACACCAAAUGCCUAAAAAGCAGACAAGUGUUGCUGUCGUUGGUGUGCAUCUUCCUUCUUAAAGAUAAGCAGGUGUAUACAUGAUGAUGAUGUGGCACCUCCUUUGGCCUUCUGUCCUCCUGGGAGUGUUUUUCAACAUUUGUCCAACAUGCCCUCUGGAAAUCCAGAAGGAAAGGAAACACUACUACGUCGCCAGGGGGUCAAGUGUCCAGCUACCUUGUGCGUACAGUCACACCCUGGACUUUAAGCAGUACACGGAGGUCUCGUGGAGUAUCGUGUCUGCAGACCGAGAGGAGCAACCCAUUAUUUGGUUUACAGGCGGCCGCUUGUAUUCCGAUUUGUACAAACCAAUGGAGGGGAGGGUCCAAUUCACAUCAGCCGAUCCCCAAAAUGGAGACGCGUCUAUCAACAUCAAAGAUGUACGUCCGUCAGACACGGAGAUGUACCGGUGUCUGGUGAAGAAGUUACCAGAACUGGACAAGAAGAUCUUAGACCUGACAGUCAUGGAGGCACCCAGUCAGCCUCUGUGCAGUGUGGACGAAGAAGACAACAGUAUGACGCUGAAAUGCAGCUCUCUGCAAGGCACCCCACCUUUGCAUUACAUCUGGUCCAAGACCAGUGGAAAUAAGGUCUUGCCUCCUCAGGCCACUGUGGACCCCACAGGAGCCACCUUGCAUUUCAACAUCACCGAGCGGGAGUGUGGAAGCUAUCGCUGCACGGUGGAAAGUAUGGUGGGCACCAAACACUGUGACCUUCACCUGGACUGUUCGCUGCCCCAGGACAACAAUGUGAGCAGUCCACGAUUGCUGACAACCACUGCAGUCGCUGCAGUGGUUGUCACUAUCACCACACUCUUCAUUGUCACAGUUGUCCUUGCCGUAUUCCUCUACCGCAAACGAAAAGAGCAACACCAGGACAUUGAAAUGGAAAAAUAA